CUGGUUGUCGGGUUCGGUCAAGAGCAGGCUUGAACGUUGUCUUGAUUCCUUUACGACCUUUUUGCCUCCUUUCUAGCUGUUCGACACGAAGUUACGAUAGUGGAUCGCAUCAAUUGGUUACUUAUCACCGGGAAAACCUUGAAUAAUCUGGCCAUAUUGUCUGUUUAUACAAGCUCUGAUUUCGAACGACUCCCUUUUUCACCAUGCGGAGAGGCGUCUUAAUCUUCCUCGUUGUCAAUCUUAUAAUAUUAUCCUUCCUUGUUCGCAGCGUCUUCACGCUUCUGGCCUUGUUGGUGGAAGAUGCUUCCGCUGAUGCAAUUCAUCGCGCGGAGCUCCCCUCGCCAAAUUCUAGCCUGAUCGAGCAACGGCCGCAGAUUAUUCCCAAGAUCAUUCACCAGACCUACAAGAACGAGACCAUCCCUGAAGUCUGGAGAGAGGCGCAACAAAGUUGCAUUGACUUGCAUCCUGACUAUGAGUAUAUUCUUUGGACGAACGAGAAGGCGCGCGAGUUUAUCGCGCAUGAAUAUCCGUGGUUCCUUGCCACCUUUGAUGGCUACAAGUAUCCCAUCCAGCGCGCAGACUCGAUUCGAUACUUUGUCUUAGCCCACUAUGGCGGCACAUACAUCGACCUUGAUGACGGUUGCAACCGUCGCUUAGACCCCCUCCUCUCCUACCCCGCUUGGGUACGUCGUACCGUUCCAACAGGUAUCUCUAAUGAUGCCAUGGGAUCGGUUCCACAGCACCCGUUCUUCCUUCGAGUGAUCGAACUAUUACAGUCUUACGACCGCAGCUGGUUGCUUCCAUACAUUACUGUGAUGUACUCAACUGGACCUCUGUUCCUCUCAGUAAUCUGGAAGGAAUACAUGCAAGAAGCCAUGGGUGAAUCGGCGCGUGUUCGGAUUCUCAUGCAGGACGAAUAUAACAAGUACUCGUGGAGCUUUUUUACUCACCACGUUGGGAAUAGCUGGCAUGGUAAAGACGCCCGGUUGAUCUUCUGGAUGGGACAACAUUGGAUGUUCCUUACGCUUUGCGGCUUCAUCCUUGCAGGAGCAGUUGGAUUCUGCCUCUGGUGGAUUUAUGGUCGACUGAUGCUGUUGGGGUCGAAAUACCGUUACCGAUACACUAAGGUCCCAGGCUUCAUCUCAGUUUCCGGCCUGUCCCCUACCCGCAGGCCUCGGCGCCCAACGCCUACACUAUUACAUCGUAUCUCUAUCAAAGAGGACGAGGAGACCGGUCCCAUCACUGAGACUUCAUAUGAACUCUACAGCCGUCGUGAUUGAUUGAGCGUGUUCACAUUUUACAUUUUCUUUUUAUGCACGUGUUGUCCACAUCGAUACACUUUGAAACGACUUAUACUAUACACUCAAAGUCCGGUUAGCUCUUU